GAGCCAUAUUGGAUUUCCUACAACUCGUUACAGGACGCAGCCCUGCCCUGACGUAUGUCUUUACCAAAUACCACGAGUUUAUCCCCAUUUGUGAGUCAAGAGCAUUCACAAUAAAUAAUUUCCUGUUUUCAUUAGUUAUAUUACAGCGGUACCCAGUAAAUUAACGGAAAUGAGGAAGUUGUACUGUCCGCACCCUCAGGAUGAAAAUGCUUAAAAGUUAACAGAAAAAGUUUUUCAGAUGAAAGAACAAGUACAAUCCUGACCUUGUGAACCUGCAUCUCUCUACAAAUAGGCAUGCAUCGUUUGGCACUCUUAGCACUUAUGGUAUCUCUUGCUAUGGCUGGACCAUUCAAGCACAAGCAUUCAGUGGACCUUUUAAAAAUGGACUUGACGAGGUUCAAAGGAGUGACUAAAACCGCGAAUUCAGAUUGGUUGUCCUUUGGAAAACAAACAGGUGAUAUUGUCCUGGAUAGUGACAUUUUAAAAAAAUUUAUGAAGAACUCGGAGCGUUCUGAUGAGAUGGCUUUCAAUUCAGUUGUAAAUUUGAAGGAAUUCGACAUUACUGGAAGAGGCACAAUUGUUUCAUUUACCUCGAUGUUUACGAACAAGAAAUAUUUUGAAGUUUACAUUCAAAAGACGAGAGAUCUGCAGCAGCACCUUGAAGGCUCAGAUAUUGGGAAUUCUCAAGCCCGAGAUAUAUACAGUCUAGGCGUGACUUAUAUCAGCAAUGGACGAACUGUUGAUCACGUGGUACCAUUGGAUGGCAAAUUUAGGCCUAACCAAUGGUUCACUUUGAUGGUGCGCGUCAUCGGAAAGGCAGAAAUUGUGAUAAGUUUUGACUGCGAGCAAGUAGAAAGCAUAAAGCUGAAUGACAAAAUGGAUCGAAUACCGAUGUAUGUGGAAGGAAGACUAGCACAGACUAUUGACACGGAUUUUUGGACGUUCAAAAAGAUCACUUCGAGUAGAUUUAUUGGUGACAUCAAAGAAGCAAGUUUUCUCUUUGGAAAAGCAGCAUUCGAAUCUGACAACCCUUGCAAAAAUUAUCAACAUCCAGGAAUGGCAGUUGAAGGAAGAGAUACAAAGUUUUCGGAACAGCCUCAAGCUAUGCCAUUGACUCUUGAAAGCCUGUUUGGUUACGGGCCUCUAAAGUGUUUUCUUGGUUUGGAUGAAAUUGAACAUGGAAAGGAAUGGAAUGAAGGGCCGUGUGAGAUUUGCAGCUGCCACGAUGGCAGAAUCUCCUGUCGGCACCAAGCAAAUUGCACGAGCAAAAAAGAUCCAUGAACACGUGCUAUCGAGAAAAUACAAAGACUUUGGUUGCUGUUUCAAAACAGUAUUUCUCACAUUCUCAAGUAUCUUGAUGCUACAUUCUUCAAGCAACAUGCAUGGUGCUGCAUUGUCCUUGAAGUAUUCGAAUAUGGAGAUAUCAACAUCGCUUCUGGAACAAUUAGCUGUAACACUUUAGAUAAUUCUCUGAAAUACCUGAAGAUAAUCAACGAACAACCUCAACUUGAAUUCUCAGCUAAGGUGCAGACCAUCUGCCUCAAUUGCUCUUUGACAAUGUAAAUCAGGCCUUCGCAGCUGCAAAUAUGGCCGGAAAAAUUGUUAAAACAAGUAUUUUUAACGAACAGUAUCAUUGCAGGGAGAAUAGAAGUUAUGCUUUCAAAUUCUUUCCUGCUUUUAUUUAUUUGCUUUUAUUGUAAAAAGAUUGAUUAAAACUGCUACUUAUAUCAAUAGUAAUUGUGUUCUUAGUUUUUCCAUCUGGUGGAACCGCUAUGUAAAUAAUUAUAGCUCAAAUACUUAUAUGGCAGUAAAUUAUGCAAUAAAUUAUUCUCAAUUCAGGAAUGUACUUUUUGUCAAAUUGCUAUUUUUCUGACGAGAUGAAGAUUGGACAUUUCAAACUUUAGCCAACAUGGCGUGAUACGCUUAUGAAAAACUACUUACAUGAAAAUCUCAUUCUGCAACGAAGAAUAAAUUUUUGGGGAAAUUCGCACCACUUCACGAUGAAAUUUGUAAACUUCUUUCAAAGCUGAAAAUUUUGCCCAUAGCAGACAUAUUAAAACAGGGGUAGAAUAUUAAAAUGUUCCUCAAGGCUAUCACUAAGUAGCCUUUGCUCAGGACCCCCUGCAGCUUACUGAAGUCCUUAGACUCAAAGUCUUCAACCUACUGUACAAUGUGAAGUAAUACUUUAUAGAAGCUAUGCAAUAUAACUGUUUAAAUUUUCAAAUCUUGGACAAAAUUUUCAAAUCUGGUGAUAAGCAUAAAAUUGAUACGGUCUUGGUCUUCAAUAUCAAAUAAAGAUACAAUUAAUGACUAAUAUUGACCAAUUUGGGUAACCAAAUUUGGCCCUUGAAGAUUCGGAUUUUAGCUGACAAAAUCCAAGCAGCAAAUCACUCUA